AUGGCCAGCCAAAUACCAGAAGAGCAUAUCCGGCAUUGUAUGCUUUUUGAGUUUCGCAAGGGUAGUAACGCAAGAGUUGAGACCAAAAACACUUGCGAUGUUUAUCCAAGUGCAUUAGACGUUCGAAGACCAACAACAUUAGACAAUGAUAUACUAAGGCCAGAAGUGGAAGCAAAUCCAUAUCAGACAAUCGCGGAAUUCUCAAACAUCAUAAACCAACCUUGGUCGACCAUCCAAGAACAUUUGCAGCAGUUUGGAAAAAUAAGCAGAGCAGGUGUUUGGGUCCCCCAUAAUCUGUUCGAAGAAAACAAAGCCAACCGAUCUAUCACAUGCAAUGUAUUGCUUCAACGGCACCAUACAGAAUCGUUUUUUGAUCGCUUGAUCACUGGAGACGAAAAAUGGAUCCUAUAUGAUAAUCCAAAACGCAAAAGGCAGUGGCUCUCUCCAAAUGAAUCACCACAAAGUACUGCGAAGCCGGGUUUACAUCCCAAAAGGACGCUUGUAAAAGGCGUUAUUCUGCAACACGACAAUGCAAGACCGCACUAUGUAAGACGAACCAUGGAGAAAAUUAAUGAAUUGGGGUGGGAGGUACUGCUUUACCCACCAUACUCGCCCGAUAUUGCACGCUCGGAUUUCCACUUAUUUCGAUUGCUACAACAUUUCCUUAGUGGCAAAAAAUUUGAAAAUUUGGAUGAUGUCCAAAAUGUUAUCUCGAGAUAUUUUACUGAAAAACCAAUUGAUUUUUAUCGGUCCGGCAUUGAAAAUUUGCACAUUAUAUGGCAAAAGCCAUCGUUGUUGAUAACGAAGAAAGCGACAUUACUUUCCGAUCCGCCUAAUAGUUUAUUGCAUGGUCAACAUCGUCAUUUGUCAUUAAUGAUGGUGAUGCAACGAUAUAGGAGUUGA